AUGUCUAUUUGUCUUUUAGAAGAAGCAGCUAUCCAAAAAUUACGUUCUUCUUCCAUUAAUUCUACUUCACAAUGUGUCCUUGAACUUGUUCAGAACAGUCUUGACGCCUUGGCGACCACAAUUGAAAUACAUGUUGACGUGACAAAGUAUUUUGUACAAGUGAUUGAUAAUGGGACUGGAAUAAAACCUGAAGAUAUGAAUCAAAUUUGCACGCGUCAUGCUACGUCAAAAUGUCAUUCUUUGGAAGAUUUAUCUAAAGUACGAACGUAUGGAUUUCGUGGUGAAGCUUUAGCCAAUCUCGCUGAAGUUUCAGAAUUAGAAAUAACAAGCAAGCAUUCCGAUUAUUAUGAUACUUAUAAAACUAUAUUUAAGGGAGGUGUACGCCUUCAAAAUGGACCAACACGAAAUAAUAAACAAUCAAAACCAGGAACCAUAAUAAUUAUUCGUGAUCUUUUCUAUAAUUAUCCAGUUCGGAGAAAGAAUUAUUCCGAUAAUUCACUAGUAAAUGAGAUGGAAAAAGUUAAAAGGGCAAUUGAGACAAUAGCAUUAAUACAUCCUCAAAUUACUUUCAUUCUGAUGGACGCAUCUAAAGAUUGUAAAAUAAUCUCUACCAGAAAGGCAAUUUCAAAUAUUUCUACUUUUCGUCAAAUUUUUGGGGUCACCUUAGCACAGAAUCUUGUACCUGUUCAUGUUGAUGAAAAUCAUUUUAAUGUUUGCGGAUUUUUUUCUUUAAAAGCAUUUCAUACAAAGUCACGGGAUGAAUUGUUUUUGGAUUUGGGUUCUAAUAUUCAAAGAAAAUCAAGGAAGAAUGAUUCAAUAAAGACUUCAGAAAAAUAUCCAAUUUUCUUAAUCAAUUUAACUUGCCGUCCAACUGAUUACGAUAUUUGCUUAGAUCCGUCUAAGAAUAUAAUAGAAUUUAAGAAUUGGGAGAAAGUCUCAAAUCUUAUUUCAAAUCUUGUUUCUCGAUUUUUGGUGAAUAACGGAUUUUCGAUUCGAGAUAUUUUAAAAACUCAAGUUCCAUGUGAAGUUUCCAAAAAUCCUGCAAACAUGACAAACGUGACAAAACUUAAGAAUCAUCAAGAAUUGCCUUUAACAUUUGAGGAAUUGGCUCAUAUUAAAAUUGGUGGUCGGCGACCGUAUAUAUUCCUUGACGAAGAAUUGAAUGUUGGCAGUAUAAAUAAUUAUCCACCUGCCAAAAUUGCAAAGACUGACGAUCAAUGUAUAUCAUCAAGAGAAAAUAAUAAUUUUAAAAUUAAUGAAAAUGAAUAUAUAAAACAGACGAAUCCUUUUAAUAAAAAAGGUCAUUAUGUGGAUCUACGUACAGGAAAUUCUUAUAGUAAAUUACCCGGCCAAUCAUCCACUCGAAAUUUGACUUCGAGUAAUGUUAUGAAUGCAAAAGUAGACCGAAGUCAUUUGCGCUUAUCGAAUUUUACUAUUAAAAAUAAUAAUACAUCUAAUGAAACAUCAUGGGCUAAAAGAGCUUUUGAGAAUUGGAGAAAUCCUGUUUUCAAAUGUGACGAUGUUCCAAUGCCUUUUUUAGAAAAUAUCACUUCAAACAACAAUAAAAUUUUUCAUUUAAAUGAUUUGGCACAAUCUAAUGUUUUAGGACAUCGAUUCAGUAAAAAAGAUGUUGAAAAUGCAGAAGUAAUUGGACAAUUUGAUGAUAAAUUUAUUAUUUGUAAAUUUCCUUGUUCUCAAAAUGAAGAUCAGGGAAUUGAUAAACAAGACACGCGACAUUUAUUGGUUAUUGUGGAUCAACAUGCAGCUGAUGAACGAAUUCGAGUUGAAAUGUUAUUGAAAGAGUUCUGUUGUGAUUUUGAUUUCACUAAAGAAUCAAAAGAAUCAGGAAAACCAUCAUUCUUGGUUCAAGCAAAACCACCUAUUAAAAUAGUAUUGACAUGUAGAGAGAUUCAAGUUGUUAAAAGAUUUGAAAAAGAUUUUAAUAGAUGGGGAAUUUACUUUAGUGAUAAAUUUGAUGGAAAACUAGAUACACCAUCAACUUUGACAUUUAUAUCACCCCCUAUUGGUUCAUUAUUUGACAUUGAUCAUAUUCAAAUUUAUAUAACACAUCUUCCUAAAAUGAUUUCGGAUCGAUGUAUAUCUGAUUCACGAGUCAUGCAAGAAAUUGUACGUCAACAUCUUUAUUGGUUAGAAGAUACAGGUAUGGUUCUAAAAAGUGACGAUGGAAAUAUAUUUGAUAACGAAGACAGGGAUUGGAAGAAAAUGAUAAGAAAAUGUCCAAGGGGAAUAUUGGAUAUUAUAAAUUCAAAAGCUUGUCGAGGGGCUAUCAUGUUUAAUGAUCGAUUGACUAUGAAUCAAUGUGAAAACUUGAUAUCAAGACUUUCUUUAUGUGAUUUUCCGUUUCAGUGUGCUCACGGAAGACCUUCCAUGAUUCCUCUCAUAUAUUUAGAUGAAUUCAUAAAUCAAUCAACACCAAAUAUUCGAUAUUUUACACGAACAAAACACUUCGAUACCUUUCAAACAGUUAUCAAAUCGUCAGCUGAGAUAAAUCAAAUUAAAAAUAUGUCAAAAUUUAGUGGUUGGCAACGUCGCAAAAUUAAUAUGAGGAAUUUUAUAAAUAAAUAA